ACUACGUUGCUGUCGUCCGGGUCAGGAUGACUAGACGAGUGUCAGUAUCGAUUCAACUGGCUACUAGUUAUGCCACAUUAUACGCAUUAUAAGCAUUUCCGGUCGCGGAAGAUUUGUUGAUCAAAAUGUAGUGCGGAGACACCGUUGAAGAAUGUGCAACUUCCAAUUUUUACUUGGCACGUUUAUACUCGCAACGUGUUAUCACAGCAUUUACGGACAAAAUGUUACGACAACUGACGAACAAAGCUCUAUGAAGAAUAUCAUACCUGCAGAAAUGAAAAUAACAUCAUGGGAUGACAUGCCAUUUUCCGGAUUAGUGCAAGAGAAUGGAAAGUGGGUGGGAAAAGGCUACGCGUUUUACUUGCUCGAACUACUUAGUUCCAAAUUAAAUUUCACAUAUACUAUCGUACCACCUAAGCAGCAUAUACUAGGCAACAGUCGGAAUGGAAUAUUAAGUUUACUCUACGAGAAGAAGGUGGAUAUGGCAGUGGCUUUCUUACCUCUUUUGCCGGAUUUGCGGAAGUAUUGCACGUUCAGCACAGCUUUGGACCAAAGUGAGGUGACGGUGUUGAUGAAGCGACCGCAAGAAUCGGCAACCGGUUCGGGAUUGCUCACACCAUUCGAUCACACUGUUUGGUUAUUGGUACUCGCUUCGGUGCUCUUCGUAGGACCCAUAAUUUAUAUUUUUGCUACACUCAGGGCGAAGUUGUGGAAACAACCGAAUUCGGAGAAUUUUAGUUUGUUCUCCUGCGUAUGGUUUGUGUACAGUUCCUUGUUGAAGCAAGGAUCGACUAUAUUUGCGACCACAGACUCGACACGAAUUCUUUUCGCUACAUGGUGGAUAUUUAUUUUAAUACUGACAUCUUUCUAUACGGCGAAUCUUACUGCUUUUCUCACCAGACCACAGUUUACCUUGCCAAUUAAUAAUUUGCAAGAUAUAGUAGGCAAAGGUUAUCAAUGGGUCACUUACAAAGGACGCACUAUCGAUUUUAUGCUUUCACAUGAGAGUAGCAACGAAUUUGAUUUGAAUUUAUUAAACGCUGUAAAAUGGAAAGGCCACUAUAUCACAUCGUAUGAGAAUCCUGUUAAAUCUAUUUUCAACGCUGUGGAUAAGAAUAGAUUAUUUCUUGGAGACACUCAUUACCUCCAAAGUCUAAUAUUCGCGGAUUAUGUCAACAAAACGCGUAAACAUUUGUUACAUCAGAAAAGAUGUACAUACGUCAUUAUGCCUGGUACGAUCCUCGUCACCAAUAGAGCAUUUGCCUUUCCCUUAAAUUCUACCUUGCUGGAACCAUUCAACAACGAAUUGAUGGCUUUAGUGGAGUCCGGUAUAGUACAGCGUGAAAAAUUGAAGGAUCUACCACUAGCGCAAACAUGUCCGUUGGAUCUUCGGUCCACAGAAAGACAAUUGUCGCUUUCCGAUCUGUCUCUGACCUUUAAAAUAGUGGUCGCUGGUUAUGCAAUUGCGAUGAUAAUCUUUAUUCUCGAAUGGCUGAUCAAAUGGACAAUAAACUCCUAUAAACGGCGGAAAAAGACUGGCAAAUGGUGCGAUUACACGCUCUGCUGCAAGUGGAAACGAAAAUCGAGGGAAUCUGUAACCCCGCAAUUAAUUUACACCAUGAAGAAUAACUUAUUCGACAAAAGGACUAAUUUGCAAAAAAUAAGCCCGCGACCGCUGUAUCAGAAUAGCUCAUACGAUAUUGCUCCAGGAAAAAGACACAAUAUUAACGGACGCGAUUAUUACAUCGUGAUAGAUCGCUAUGGCGAUCCAAGAUUAAUACCAAUUCGCACACCAUCUGCGUUUCUAUUUCAAUAUACGGCAUAGCAGAGAAAAAGGACUUGAGUUAGAUAAUUAUUGUAUAAUAAGAGAUUAAUUGUAAAAUUGAUUACAAAAUAGAAAUUUUAAUCAAAUAAGUAGCGCACUUUGUAUGCUAAUAAUUACGUAGUUUCCUCUCGUUUAACAUCAAACAAUUUAAUACAUCAUUUCAAAUAAUGUGUAUCAUAUCAAAUAUAUUGUAAUAUUCCAUUUUAUGUAAAUAAUUAAGGAUUUGUU